GCCACAGCAGGCCAUGAAGCACCAUGGAAACAACUUUCUGCUUGCAGAGGGAGCUGUGGCCUCCGAUUUCCGCCACCUGUCAACAGCCCCAUGACUUAUUCCUACGGCAAGGUGGUUUAUGACUCCGGCACAACACGCGUCGUGGGUGGCAUGGGUGCCGCAGAAGCAGAAUGGCCCUGGCUCGUCAGCAUCCAGCACCCAUGGGUUCCAGGCCUUGGACAUUGGUGUGGAGGGUCCCUCAUCACUGCAGACUGGGUCCUCACAGCAGCCCACUGCUUCGACAAGUUUGAUAACAUCAGCAUGGUGUAUGUGUUGAUUGGGGCCACCCAGUUGACUCAGCCGGGCCCUGGGGUUCAAGUGCGCAAUGCCAAGAAGGUGGUGGUACACCGCAGCUACAGGCGUAAGGACUACAGCUACGACAUUGCCCUGAUGCAAUUGGACCGUCCUGUCCUGUGCAGCUCCUACAUCCAGCUGGCCUGCCUGGCUGAGCCCACUCUAAGAGUCUCAGAGUUGAGAAACUGCUGGGUGGCUGGCUGGGGAGCCACUACUGCAAGAAGUCUAGAUUCAGCUGAUCGCCUUCAGCAGGCCAAGGUCCGGCUCAUCGAUCUCCAGCUCUGCAACAGCAGUGACUGGUAUGCAGGAGAAGUCCAUCCCUACAACUUGUGUGCUGGUUACCCACAGGGCACCAUCGACACCUGCAAGGGUGACAGCGGUGGUCCUCUCAUGUGCCAGGACAACAACGCUGACUACUGGUGGGUCAUCGGACUAACCAGUUUUGGGGAAGGCUGUGCCAGACCAAGGCAGCCUGGAGUCUACACCUCCGUUCAGCACUUCUAUGACUGGAUUGAUUACAACAUGCGUAUAAACACCAUGAAUUGGCUCAGCCUCCUCGUCCUGCUGACUGUAGCUGGAAUGGCACAUGGGACAUGGGAUAACUGUGGAGGGACCUGUGGACUCCGAGCUGUGGUGUCGGACUAUGGCCUCAUGACGUACUACUACGGCGACAUGGCUUAUGAAUCCGGCACAACACGCAUUGUGGGUGGUGCUGGUGCCCUGCCAGGGGCCUGGCCCUGGAUUGUCAGCAUCCAGCACCCAUGGAUUCCAGACCCAGGGCAUCUGUGUGGAGGGUCCCUCAUCAGCACACAGUGGGUCCUCACAGCAGCCCACUGCUUCGACGAGUUUGAUAACAUCAGCCUGCUGUACGUGGUGAUUGGGGCCACCCAGUUGACUCAGCCAGGCCAUGGGGCACAAAUGCGCAGUGUCAAGCAGUUGGUGAUACACCAGUACUACAACCCUGAUGACAUGAGCUAUGACAUCGCCCUGCUGCAAUUGGACCAUCCUGUCCAGUGCAGCCCCUACAUCCAGCUGGCCUGUAUGCCCGACACCACACUCAGACUGUCAGAGCUGCAAAACUGCUGGGUGGCUGGUUGGGGUGCCACCACUGCAAGAUCUCAAGAUUCAGCUGAUCACCUCCAGGAGGCCAAGGUCCAGCUCAUUGAUCUCCAGCUGUGCAACAGCAGUGACUGGUAUGGAGGGGAAAUCCACACCCACAACCUGUGUGCUGGUUACCCACAGGGCACCAUCGACACCUGCCAGGGUGACAGCGGUGGUCCUCUCAUGUGCCAGGACAACAACGCUGACUACUGGUGGGUUGUCGGAAUAACCAGCUGGGGGAAAGGCUGUGCUAGACCAAGGCAGCCUGGAGUCUACACCUCCACUAAGUACUUCUAUGACUGGAUCCUGGUCCACACAGGCGCAAACACGCUUGGAAGAGGUUCUCCAGCAUCACAAACCUGGAGCUCCCUUCAGGUACUGGACAGCCACUGA